AUGGUAUACUACGUGCGUUUUCUAAAGACACCACGCAUCCAGAAACAGCAGGCAGGCGCGCUGUCUGUCAAUGCCCUCGUCUGCAUCACGACAGAUCUGGGCGACGCAUUUCUCGCCCAGGAUGUGGAUUUACUCGCGGUAUUGACGGUCGAGGACUCUGAUGUGCCUCUCUACCAGGAGUCGCUAGCAUGGAAGGCCGGCAAGAGGGAGCUUUCGGUCUCUCUAGGCCCCUUCUCCAAGGACCUGUCCAGAUCACCGAUUGUCCUAGGCGUUAGGGCGAUUGAGAAGAGAGGGAAGCCAUUUCUGAAUCCAGCAGAUAACCUUCAAGAUGCAUCCAGUAUACCUCUUGUAAUAUCCGGGUGGAGUGCGCCAUUUGGAGGACCGCAGCUCUCCGCCGCAGAGAGGGUGAUAGAGCGACGUCUUUUUCUACAGGACGGCCGGCCAGCGGUGAGGAUCUGGGAGGAGACCGGGAACAGUAUCGCCCGGCACAUUUGGGAUGCAGCCCUCGCUUCCAUGUUAUAUCUCCAGAGUGGAAUCAGUAGUAGCAGUCGCAGCUUGUCGAUGCAGUCUCUCCAGGAGCGUAUAUCUCAAAACGACAACCUGCUGCACGUACUCGAAUUGGGAGCCGGGUGUGGGAUAGUCGGAAUAUCUCUCGCUCACCUGCGCUCGCAGACCUCGGUGGUCCUUACAGACUUGCCCGAGGUUGAGGAGAUUGUCAUGCGCAAUAUCUCUGUAUCUAGUCCGGCAAAAGCGUCUGGAGUUAAGUUCGAAACGCUGGACUGGGACGAGGAACCCCCGAAGCGUAUACGUGAUACGGAGAUUGAUCUGAUCCUAGUAUCUGACUGCACAUACAAUGCGGACAGUCUUCCAUCGCUGGUUUCUGUACUCAAGCAUUUGACUGCCCUUUCCCCUCGAGCGCUCAUUCUUGUUGCGCUCAAGAGAAGACACGACAGCGAAGCCAUCUUCUUCGACCUAAUGCAAUCUGCCGACCUGCAAGCCUUGCAGCAAGAUUCCGUCCUGCUGCCUGCAGCACACGGGCAAGCCGACCGCAUCGAACUGCAUGCCUACGGACGACAACCCCGGUAG